AUGGCUACCCAAGCCCCACCUCCACCCGCAUCUCCCUCUCCUCCCCCUUCUCCACCCGUGACAGAAGGAAUAUCAACCUCUUCACCUCGAUUACCGUCAGGAGGGGUAACAGGAACAGGAACAAUUUCAACAUCGCCUCCUGCACAUCCGCCGGCCCCAAUUCCUCCGCCAGUUCCUGUCGAAACACAUCCAAACCGCACAGGUCUAAAACCUCCCCCGCCGAGACGCGUUCUCACCGAUCCAAACCGUCUCGCGCCAGAAGAUGCUUACUACGCACACUCCCCCCCACGGUUCCGUUCUGUUGUCACUAACAACCAUGCGGCACAUUUACGUCUUCCCGCGGCAGUUGCGGCGUUAAGGCCUCCUCCGGCGGUACCGGGGGCGGAGCCGCGGAGGGCAAAGGAACUGUUAUGGGUUAAGCAAUCGUAUCCGGAUAAUUAUACAGAUACAGAGACAUUCCUUGACCAUCUCCAGCGCAAUCCUCGUCUCCGUCCCUAUGACUUUUGGCCUUUGGUAGCGGAUUCAACGGUCAUUGUACAACAUGUUUGUUCCGUCGUCCUAUUCGUUUGUUGUUUCAGCGGCAUUUUCCAAGAGCGUAUUAGCCCGGUGUCAGUGGUGGGAUGGGGGAGUAUCUGUACAAUUCUAGGCUGGGGACUAUGGGAUUUCUGGGUUGGGAAGGAGCAAGAAGAGGAAGCUCGUUUAUCAUCAAUUGGAGACGUAGUGGGAGGUGACACAGCGUCUAUCUCUGGCUCCUCCACGGGCUCUGUCAAAGCCACCAAUGACGACAGGAACCAGAAGGAGAACCAGAUCCCUAGCAAUGACUUGCGACUCUCUACAUCCAAUCUCGAUUGCCAGCAGCUGCGACGCCACAGCACGGGACUCAGCACUCUUAGUGCGCACUCACAUAGCGCUUCAGCUUGUUCCUUUCAUUCUGGAAAUUCGCCCCAAUCCCCAAAUUCCCCGAUGUCGCCAUUUACGCCAAUUAAUCCCAGCAACGGCUCCACUCUUUCCCCUCGCAACCGCCAACGCCUUGAAACUGCCAAAUCCGCCCUCCUAAUCUUCUGCGCUCUUCUCGGCCUCAGUCCGAUCCUCAAAUCCCUCACAAAGUCAACAACCAGUGACUCAAUCUGGGCUAUGAGCUGUUGGCUCAUGGUAAUAAACAUCUUCUUUUUCGACUAUAGUAGCAACAGCGGUGGGAGUGGUACGGGAGGGAGUGGCGAGAGCGGAGCCACCGCUGCUAAAUUUCCUGCCUCCUUGUCCACGAACGCCGCCGUCAUGGCGUCCACGGUGCUCGCCUCGCGUCUGAAAUCCACCACCCACGUAUUUAGCCUAACGCUGUUCUCUAUUGAAGUCUUUGGCCUAUUUCCUGUUUUUCGUCGCCAUCUGCGCGCGAUUUCCUGGCGGGGUCACGUGUUGCUUACGGUUUCCCUGGUGAUUAUUGCUAGUGCAGCGGUAGGCAUUACGCUGCGCGGUGGGUAUAUGUCUGCGAUAUUGGGCAUAUUUAUUGGUAGUUUUUCGACAGCACUGGUUAUGGGAGGUUGUAGUUGGUGGCUAAUCAGUUUACAGAAGUACAAAAAUGUGGUGGCUGGCCCCUGGGACCCGGCCAGACCAGUGCUGAGAAGGCAUUGGGACUGAGACAUAGGCUGAAUUUUGGUAAUUCAAAGAUAUUCUAAGAGGUGGGCUGGGCGAAAAGAAAAACGUCAAUGGCCUGAUACUCAGAUGAUAAUGUGGUUCACCACUCAGCGCCCACUUCCACUCAACACCCACUUUUUUCCAUACAAAAUCAAGGAUGGUCAGCUAUUGAUAUCCAAACAUCAACUCUAUUAAGAUACUAAAUAAUUUGUAAUUUAUUAAUAUAGAUAGAUAUAUUUGAAAAUAAAUGAUUUAAAAUUUAACAUAAG